GCAUGCAGGUCGGAUUCCGAUCCAAAGUGUGCUGAUCCAUUUGAUAACUCAACUGUUCCGAUUACUGACUGCAGUCAGGAAAAAGAACUAGAUCAUUUGCCCGGAGUAAAGCCUACAAUGUGCAGGAAGAUCCGGCAAAAAGUUAAUGGUGAGUGGCGAUACUUCCGCAGUUGUGCGUACAUGGGCGAACCUGGCAUUCUAGGAGAUGAAAGAUUUUGUCUUAUGAGAACUGGUACGUACAAUAUCUUCAUGGAAUACUGCACAUGCAAUAGCAAAGAUGGAUGCAACUCAGCUCCAGGACUCCAUCAUAAUAUCUUUCUACGAUAUGCUGGAUUGACCGCCACAUUUAUUAUUACUUGGUUCUUACGACUCUGAGGUUUUUGUUAUGAUUACCAUUGCUCAUAGAGUGUAACAAUUGGUUGCAAUUGCUAUUCUGCAACAUUUUUUAAUUACUGCAAUUUUUGAUUGUUGUAACUAAAUAUUCAUCAUUCCAAAAAGUGUUUUUAACUUAAAUUACUGCGCUGCAUUAGAACUAUUUUUUAUACUAUGCAUUCUUUUAAUAGAUAAAUUUGAAUCUCUUAAGCUCUUUGAUUGUAAACUGUAGUAGUACAAACUAUAGCGAACUUACAAUGAAUUUAAUAAUGUACACUAAUCAUAUAGACAAGAAGACUGCCAAUACCGUCCAGAUUAACUAAGGAUUAGAAUAAGUAAUGUUUUAAAAAAACUUUUGUAAGUAUUUUUAUAUAAACAUUGUGUUCCAUUUAUAAGGGGUUUUCCUAAUGAAAAUCGAUUAACUGUGUAUGUUGUACAUGCAUGGUACUUUCAAUUUGAAUUGUAUACACUACGAAUGUAAAGUCGACUUUUGUGUAUAAUGUUUUAUAUGAUUUAUACCACAACUUGAAAUAAAUUUCAGAAUCGUAUUAUAAAUUAUAUGAGCCAAGGAAUAUUCAAUCCAUAAUCCUGUAGUAUAAUCAUUAUCUUCUCGACUCGAUUUCCUAUAGUAAGUAAUCUCAUAUGGUAUAUACUUAGGAAUGAUUGCCGGGAGAUUCAAAUCGAUUGUUCGAGGCGCAAAAAGUACGCAACGAGUCUAUCAUAAUAGGUCAGCUAAUUAUGCGCUCAGUCACGCGCAUUAGCUGCAUUAACAAACUAGUGGAUCGAACACUGCGCUCGGACUUGGAAGAGUUUGGAAUUAUACUUUGCAGAUAAAUUCUAAAUAUUCUGCAAUAAACUAUUUUUGUCUUGUUGAGCCGCCCCCACUAUCGUUGUUUCCAGACCUGCGUAUAUAUGCGGCCGGUCGACCGUGAAAGAAACGUAAUCCGUCGUAGUUCGUGUAUAGGCGUUGCCGCGUUGCUCACACCUUUUUGCUACUCGACUUUGCCUUCAUUUUAAAUAUUCCAAAAUGAGUUGUAAGAGCUUGUUAAUCUUACAAAUUGUGACAUUUGUGCUCCUGUCAUGCUUCUUCGAAACAGGUGUCUCGAUCAAGUGUUUCACAUGCAGGUCGGAUUCCGAUCCGAAGUGUGCUGAUCCGUUUAACAACUCAACUAUUCAAAUUAUCGAUUGCCAAAGAGAAUCAGAAAUUUCGCCUACAGUAAGGCCAAAUAUGUGCAGAAAGACUCGCCAAAAAGUCAAUGGGGUGUGGCAAUACUAUCGUGGCUGUGCGUACGCGAACGAGCAUAGCAGAGAAGGCGACGGAAAGUGUCUUUGGAAAACUGAUACCGACAACGUUUCCGUAGAGACCUGCACAUGUGGCGAUAAAUAUGGUUGCAACUCAGCUUCAGAACACCAUUACAAUACCUUUUUACGAUAUGGUGGUUUAUUUACCACAUUUAUUAUCACUACUUCCUUUUUACGUCCUUGAAGUUUUUGUAAUGAUAAGCGUUGCUCGAAUAGUGUAACAAUUAGUUACAAUUAGUGACAAGUAAUUAUUCUGAUAAAUAUUUUUAACUUGAAUGUGCAUCGCUUUUUAACCAUUUUUUCAUACUAUGAAUUUUUUAACGCACAAAUAAUAUUUUUUAAAGCUUUUUAACUGUAGACUAUAAAACAGUCCUGAUUAACUUAAGAUUAGAGUAAUAAUAUAUGAAUAUAUCGCAGCACCUUGUUGAAAAUAAAAACCAAUAACUUUUUUAAUAAAAUUUAUGAAAUUCAUUGUACUAUUGAGAAAAAUACAAAUAUUUUAGUCCACAAGAUAUACGAAACAAGAUAAAAUUAUUUUAGAUACAAUGUACGAGUUUUUAUCGUGUUUAAUUUACAAAAUUAAUAAAAACAUCAAAUUAUUAAACAAUUUCUCACGCAUAUUUUAUUAAAAUAAGACAACCUGCAGAGCGCACUGUUUCAAAUUAUUAUAUACUUUAAUGAGCCUCAGUGCAACAUCUAACGACUAAUUUUUACUAUCAGCUAUAUAGGCAACUUGAAAGAACGCUACAGAAGUAA